AAACACAAUUAUUUCCCCCAUCCUCGGGUUCAUAUUUUGAAAGAUGUACUUCUUCAGAUCGACGAGAACGACUCACCGACGAUCACGCAGUUCUUUCAGACAAAGAAAAAUAUAGUUGGAUUACCGUUCUGAAUAUUUAAGGAAGAUUUCCGGAUCAAAGUGCAAAAUCUUUAUAAACUCUCAAGAUGUUCACGAACCAAUUGAACGUGCUUGUGAGCCUGAUGAUCGUCAUCGCAUUUCUUAUGUCGGAAUCAAGAGACGCACAAACGAACGGCUACCCCAACCAGAAGCCGACCUUGCCCCAGAAAUAUUGUGGCGAAGAGCUCUUAAAUACUCUACGUACAGUCUGUAAUGAUAAUAGUAGAUAUCAAGAAAUGAAGAUGGCCAAUCUUCGGUAUGUUUCCGACUCUUCCCCGUUCCUGUCCCGAGCAAGAGCAGAGGAGACGUUGAAGGAACUGUUCGCCGAUAGGCCACGAAAAUGGGAAGAUCUCUAUGAGGAAUGCUGUCGCAAUAUGUGCACAUUAAUCGACCUGUCCAUGUAUUGCGCUUAACUGUACUUAAGCACUUAUCCGGAAAUCAGUAAUCCUUCUCCGCUUUACCCCUUGAUCACCAUGCAACCGAAUAAACCCAGACAUAAGUGCAUAUAUCCAUAUACUCAUACACAUAUACAUUUCAUAUGUACAAUACACGUUCGGAAAGUUUACUAGUUGCAUCAUGACUCAUGCUGGGAACUGAUUUCAUAAUAACGUUUCAUAAUAAUUAUGUAUUAUAUUUACGUAAUUUUUUGCGAAGAAACUGAUUCUCUUGACGUAUGAUCGUGUGCGGUGAUUCUUUUGUUCGCGAUUUCCUUCCGAAAAACGAAAAGGCAGCGAAGAGAAGGCAAAACUUAAGAAAAUGAAAGAAAAGUAGUCUUAAAAAAAUGAAAUAUAAAAACAUCAGAAAUCCUAGAAAUGCUCUUU